AAAUCACCGCCUGCCCAAUCCUUGACAACAACAACAACAUUCUCUUACCUUUCCGCUCGUCGUGCACGCGUCUAAACUUCACUUACAAAUAUGGCUCUGCUAGAUCUGAGCGCAGAGCUGCUCCUUUCCAUCGCAGCUGACCUCCGCCAAGUCGAUCUCCUGAACAUCUCCCUCACCUGCAAACGUCUCCGACACGUUACGGAGCCAGAGUUGUAUCGCGAGUACAACAACUUACGCCCUGGUUGUCAUCCGUUCCUACCAUUCAUCAAGAAGAUCAUUGAACGCCCCGAGCUCGCCAAACACGUCCGUCGAGUCGACUUGAGAUCCUGGCAAACUGUUGACAUAUUCCACCCUGUAUUUGGCCUGACCGACCUGGCUUUCGAAAAGGUUCAGGCUAAUGCGCUAACCGAGUCCGACUAUACCCUCCUAGCAGAAGCCUCAAAGGCUGCUGGGGUCAUCACUGCGGUUGACCGAUACAACUCAAAAAGUCGCGUGGUUGAAAAAUGUGGCCUCACGCGUCACAAGCCCCUUCUCGUUGACCCCUGGUACAUACACUUGUUUGACGAUAAGGUCCCCUUCGACGAGAUCCCAUACGAUCGCAAAUACUGCCAACUGCUUCGCAGUGGUAUCGAGGACCCUUUGGUUGUACUUCUUCUGGCCCUACUACCCAACGUCAAUGAGAUUUUCCUAAGAGGUGGUCCUCGCGAUGUGAACAUGCUGGCUUGGAGGGCACAUCACAGAUUCGCCUCAUUACGCCGUCUCAUAGUAUGCGGGCAGGGCGACCCAUUAAUAUGGCCGGUCGAAUUCUUCAGCACGAUAUUGGUUACAACCCGGCUUGAGAGCUUUGAGGUUCAAGGGGGGAGCUCCUGGUAUUGUAAUAUUGGAGAUCCUGAACCCGAUGGAGAACAAGUGAUGCCACUGGCAUUGCAACCUGGAUCUCUGAAUCACGUGAGAAGUCUCCAUAUGGAGCUCUGCUGUCUCAAUAUUUCAGACAUGCAAAAUCUUCUAUUGGCGUGUACUGGGCUGAAGUUGUUCUACUAUUCCGCGGGAAAUGCUGAUGUUGCGCUUCGUAGCCCCUCGCCGGCUAAGAUGAUCGAACUUCUCCAACCACUCAAAGAUAGCUUAGAAGUGCUUUCCCUAGAUCUAAGCCCAUUGUGGUACGAGGACUACCGGGGUGGCGGCGAUAAAAGGCUACGCUCGCUCACCCACAUGACGGCUCUAAAGUUGCUCGACAUAUCUGCUGAGAUGUGGCGUCCUGUGGAAAAGAAUGACGAGGUCAACGGCGAUAUCUAUCCCUGGUAUGAGGAUUUGACCCUGCAUGAGAUCAGCGACCUGCACUUACGUUUGCCGCCGAAUCUACAUACGCUUAUAUUCCACGUAAAGCGCAAACAGCUAGAGCCAAAGAUAGGCCAACUCGAAGAUCUCAUCCAGAAGCAACCAGCAUUUCUUCCCAAUCUUCAACAUUUACACGUGGGAUCGAACAAAUACAGAUACUGUACGGAGGUCAAUAACCUAAACCGUCGAUUGGAAGGCCCGCUACGCCCUGAAUCUCGCCGUUUAAGCGUCGGUGUUGGAACUGACCGCUUGGAAACAAUUUUUGACAAAGUAAUCCCGUCGGAUUCUAUUCCUGACACGAAAUGGUUCGGCAACAAGUAUGCGACCCGCCAUGUAGAGGAUUUUACUUCCGGUGAAGAGGACUACUUUAUUUCCGGUGAAGAGGACGAUAGUUCAGAUGAAAAUGAUUAUGGUUCAGAUGAAGAUGAUGAAGUGUCUGAUGACGAGUAUGAACAUUCCGAUGGAGUGUGAUCUAGUAUAGAACCCGAGAAUUGAAGGAGUAGUGCAAAGAGCCUCUAGCGCUAAUAAGUACUUACCUAAAGAUUAUCUAGACACCAACAAGAGGCCUAGAAAGAUCCGAAUGUUUCCGCGCU